CUUAUUUCAUCACAAACAAAACACAUUUCUUCUUAACCAUUUCCAUUUUGUUUUAUAUCAGUUAAUUUAAUCAUGGCAACAGUUACUAAUGAGAUUGAGAUCGCUUCUUCCUUUCCGGCUGAAAAGGUUUUCAAGGUCUUUAAGGACUUCGAAAAUGUUGCACCUAAGGUCAAUCCUGCAGUUUUCAAGUCUGUCGAGACACUCGAAGGCAAUGGAGGUGUUGGAACGAUAAAGUUGUUCACAUUUGGUGAUGCCGUCCCAUUUACACACGCAAAGUACAAGGUUGAUGCUUUUGAUGAGAGCAGCUUUAGCUAUAGCUACACAUUCUUUGAAGGUGACAACUUGAUGGGUAUAUUAGACUCCGUCACCCAACAUGUUAAGAUCACACCUUCUGGUGAGGGAAGCAUAUACAAGCAGACAAUCAUUUAUAAGUGCAAAGGUGAUGAAAAACCAUCCAAGGAGACUCUUAAGGCAGAAAAGGAAUUGUACGAACAAACCUACAAGGCUAUUGAAGCUUAUGCCGCUACCAAUCCCGAACUUUAUUGAUUGAGCAUUCAAUCAACUGCUAUCUCUUGUUUUGUUUUGGUUUGAAAUAAUGGACAAUGUUCCAUGUUGCUUAUUGUUGUGCUUGUGUUGAAGAUUGAGUAUAUUGCAUACUUUGGCUUUGUUAAUAGGUUUUGUUUACUUUGUAUUCCACG